AUGGAUAUAAAAACUGACCCCAUAACCAAACCUUCCCAUGGCUUUUCUUUACUGAAAGAGCUGGACUUACAGCGGAGAACAGAAACCCUGGCUUUCCUUCUGGAAUACAUGUACUCAGGUACAUUGCCCCCGAAGAACCUAGAAGAACCAGUGUUGUAUGCAGCUAUCCACCUGCAGAUGGAACAACUGCAGAAUGCACUGACCCGUAGGAGAAAAGAGAAAGAGAUAACAUACACUGUUCAGGACCAAGUCAACAGAAAGAGGGGAUUUACAGAGCAUGAGUCUCAAAAUAAGACUCUUAUAUCUUCAUCGGAUUCUUCAUAUGGCUCAGACCAGCCACCACCAUCCACGCCAAGCUAUGAGUUGUCACAGUCAAAACAUAACAAGACAGAAAUUUCAGUGAAUGGAAUCCCAAGUGUGGUUGCUGAGAAAGUUGAAAAGUUCAAUAGCUCCUGCAAGAUUGUCCAAUUUCAAUCCAGUGUCUCUCAGACCAUCACAGCUCUCCACCCAAACACUGAUGAUAAAGAUCAGUGUGUGCAUAGUGCUUACACCAGCAGCAAACAUUUGUCUCCAGAACCUGACUGUAGAGAAAGUGACAAUAUAGUUGUUUCAGAUGUGGACAGUGUCCGGUCAUUUAAUCCUUUUGAAGUAGAAAAACAUGGCCAUGUACCAGGAAUUCUCUCAGACACCUUUAGUGAUAAGAAGUCACAUAACACCACUGCCAACAACUCUGAGAGCAGAUCUCAUGCUUUUAGUCAAUUUAUGGCAGAAAGUUGUAAAAGGCAAGCCGAUAUAUAUUUAGAAAAUUCUAGCAGUACUGACACAAACGAUACAAUCUGUGAAAAAGGAACCUCAGAUCUUAAUAUGUGGCAUAAACUGGGCCAAUAUUAUGCUCCAACAUUGGAAAUGUUGACUGUAGAAAAAGUUGCCUUGGGUGAAGAAUCUCAAAAUACUAGUCACACUGAUUGCUGUGAAUUCUCCAAACUGAGGGAAGACUGUGUAAAUGCCUAUCAGGGACACUUAAGAUACCACUGCUUCCCAGAACCUAAUGAUUCAGACAGUGAGGAGACAUGCCCAGCGCCUAAUGCAGAUGUAAAAGACCACUCCAAAGAUCUGGAGACGAUCGAUGUGGCAGAGAUAUUGCUCUCAACCAGGGAACGACUAAAGUCUGGAUCUCACAAUCACUCAAAGACACGUCGGUUCCAGUGCUCAGUUCCAGAGUGUGAGAAGGCCUUCAGCCAGCGCGGUUCCUUGAAUAGACACAUGCGUUCACACCUGGGCAUUCGUCCUUACUCCUGUCCCCUCUGCACCAUGACUUUUUCCAGACAGUACAGGGUCAAUGAGCACAUGCGUAUCCACCAGAGGAGCUGUGAUGACCCACCUUAA